GAAUCCGCUGGGAAUUGUCAGCAACUGUUGGCACUACUGUACGAUGAUGUUUCUUACUCUGGUUUGCUCUGGUUACUGAUGCCCGCUAUAUUUGGAGCAAUGUGGAGUUCCCAAAAUGUUUAAUGUGUUUGUUUCAUUACGUAUAUAACACUGACGUCCCAAUCUUCAUUUACAUGUUGCCUGAGAGAAGGACGUUUUUUAUGGAGUACUGAAAUGCUCACGUUUUUAACCCUGUGUGAUAGAUUGUUAAUUUUAUUAAGUGGGAAAUUGAGUUUUAAUUACAAUUAUUAGCAGACAAAGACAUUGAAAUGAACCAUUAACAAUGAAUGCCUAUUGGUGCGGCUUCAAUGGAUUCAAUCAAAUAUCGACUGAAAUUUCAUCUAUAUCAUCUUCACAAUUCUGCCUUGUACCACUUAACAACAUUAAAGAUGUUGAUUUUGCAUGGGCUUGUGCUGUUGUGAUAUCAGCUGGAGAUGCCUUUAUGUCUGGUUUUGAUGGCACGUCAUCAUCUUUCUUACAAAAAUUAACAAAACCUGAACCCCAAUUGAAGUUCCUGGAGGUUGCUUGUAAUGAGACAUAUGCAUUAUUAACCUCUGAAGAUGGCGAAUGCUGGCAAUAUUUUUACAAUACUAAGAAGUGGAAAAAACUUUUAAAAUUCACUUCUGUUGAGGGAACAACUGAUGAUGGUAUUAGCAGUAAAUCUUCAGGAUUAUUGAGUUGUAAUUUGGAGAGUCUUGAAGAAUGUAGACUGGCUAAAGACAAGAAAAAUAUUGUUAAGAUAUGCUGUGGAGAAACUGUGAACAUUGCUCUUGAUAAUUGUGGUCAAGCAUACAGUAUUCCAUCUCCAAUUUCUAUGACAGGAGUAAAAAUAAUGGAAGUAGCAUGUGGGUUUGAGCACUGUUUAUUGUUGGAUGAUAUAGGCAGAGUGUAUUCAACAGGAUCUGGCAUGCGUGGGCAGUUGGGAAGUGGAACUCUUGAAACAGUAGAUUCUCCCCAAGAAAUUGAAGCAUUGGGUGGUCUCCAAGUCAUCCACAUAGCUGCAGGAGGAUGGCAUUCUGCUGCAGUUACAGCCAGUGGAGUUUUGUACACAUGGGGAUGGAAUAACUCGGGUCAGUUGGGGUUUCCUACUGUUGAGUCAACCGAUACUUUGUCAUCUUCAGAACACAAUCUAGAGCAGAGGAAUUUACAGAAUCAAACAUCUCAAUGUUGUUCUAAUACACAGAGUGAUUUAUUGUACAAGGAUGAAGAAAAAAGUGUAAACUGUGUUACCAAAGAAUGUACCAAAUGUGCCAUAGGAGAUUGUAAAAGCAGUGGUCCAGACGAUCAUAAAAAUAAAAAGUUGAAACUCACUGUGCGAGAAGAGGAAAACAAGCAGAAUGAUAGACUAGGUUGUUUGCAAAAUGAAGUGCAUGGUUCAGAAAGUAGUAAAAUAUGUGAGAAUAGGGAAGGUGGAUCUAAAGGAGAUUCAGCUGUAGAGCAGAAGGAGCGAGUAACUGUCUCAGCAGUUCCCAUGCCUGUGGAUUUUCCUCUGGGAAAAGAUGUGGAUGUUGUUGAUGUGAGCUGUGGAAAUCGUCACACCAUUGCAUUAGCAGGUGAUGGCUCAGUGUGGGGUUGUGGUUGGAAUGCAUAUGGCCAACUUGGGAAAUCUCCUGAUACUGUUGUGUCUGUGGAUUGUAUGGUAAUCCUAGAUAUUCAAACAGAUGAGAAGAUUUGUAGAGUACAUUGUGGAGGUUGGAAUUCUGUUGUAUUUUGUAAAAAAUAGUUUUUGUUAUGAUGUACUAUUACAGUAUUAAAUUUUAUAGAAUUA